AUGAACGCCCGAGGCCUCUCCUCGACGUGUCGACGGCCGCCUUCGGUGUCCGUGGUCGUCCUGUUGGCCCUGCAACUCGCUGCUGGAAAUGCCAUCCCCCGAGAGACGGGAGCGGUCGAGUGGCCUCGGACGGCCCCGUGCCCGUCGCCGACGCCCACCUGGACACCAAAACUCGGCCGCCGCGCUCUCUCCAACACCGUCUGCGGCUACAUUGGAGGAGAUCCUGCGCUGCCCGCGACCUGCAGGGAAGGCUCGUACUGCGCCGUCGACGUUCGGCACGGAGCGGUGGGCUGCUGCCCCGAUGGCGGAGCGUGCACCACCGGCAUCUUUACCGGCUGCGUCGACGGCAACAGCGGGCCCCAGACUGUCCGCAACCCUUACCUCUACACCUGUGCUGGUGGUGACGUCUGUUACAAGAACAACUUCGACGGUGGCUUCUUCCAGUACGGCUGCGGCACGGCGUCCAACCUUGCCACCAACGUUGCCACCGCCGCCCCUGGCCGCCCACCCUUGCGCUUGAGCUACAUCACCCUCUCCUUCACGGCUGCGGCGACGUCCACGGCUCCCUCCACGACCGGCGGCUCCUCCGACUCGGCCGUCAAGUCGGAUUCGGGCCUUCAAAGCACGCCGCUCUCGCCGCCGGCUUCUGCCACCGACGAACCGACGGCACCCGACAAGGACGGCGGCUCCGUCAACACGGCCGUCAUCGUCGGAGGCAUCGUCGGAGGCAUCGUUCUGUUGGCGGCACUCUUUGCCCUCGCCGCUCUUUUCAUGCGUCGGAGGAAGCAAAAUGCACGCAACGGACCUGGAUCCUCGCAGGACACCAGCUACAUCAGCAGCCCGAUGGCCCAACCUGGACACAACUUUUUGCCUCUGCAGUCGUCCUACCAGGCGCAAGAAGCCGACACGCGGCAGCAAGGCCCUCUGGAAUACGGCCACGGCCUUGGGGCCAGCCGCAGCCAUGAUGACGCCUCGCGCUGGCAAGCACAUCUUCACCAUAAACCCCUUCCCCAGGUCGGUGUAGAAUCCACAAAUCGCUACCAAGGCCCGGACCCCGACUGCGUUCCCCUGACACGGGAAGCCUACGACUUCCCUGGGGCCUACAACGCACCGAUGCCAGACGUUCGGGACGACAUGCAUCAACGGGCCAACAUGGACGACAUGGGAACACAUCCCGCAUCUCGGAGGAAACGAACCGUGGAAGGAAUUUUAUGGCAGCAGAAUCGACGAAACACUCGCAACGUUUCGUGGCUUUGA